CGCUCCACCUGCAGCCGUCAGUCUAUAAACUCCUGCAAAGCUCUUUAAGCUCCUUAGUUUUAUUUCUGACUUCAGCAAAGAUGAGUCACGGAGACCGUUACACCUCGUCGUCCUACCGGAAGAUUUUCGGGGAUUCUCCCAAGUUCCCCGUGGCCUCCUCCCGCAUGGGCAGCGCCUCUCACCGGGCUCCCCGGGGCUCCGGGCCAUGGCUGGCUCCCGCAACUGCGGGUCCUCCCUGAGCCUGUACAGACGGAUCGGCCGCUCCACCUCUUACUCUCCGGUACCCAGUGACUCCCUUGACUUGACCCAGACCUCCGUGGUCAACAAUGAAUUCAAAGUUAUUAGAACUAACGAGAAGGAGCAGCUGCAGGUAUGUCUGAAAGACCUGGCGCUGCCUUUCCUGCAUAUCCUCCUGCAGCAUAUCUGCUUCCAGAUGGUGGAGAAGAGUGAGUUUCGAAGCCAUGGAGCCCAGGCUGUGGGUAUGCUGACGUCUCAGAUGGCAAGUACAGACUAUGCCUGCUUCAUCAAGUGGCUGUUUAACUACUCCAGACACUCAAAGAUGGUGUGCCGGCUGUUUUCCGUGGAUGUGGUGAUGGUUUUGCUGGAGCAGCCAGAGAGGAGGCCGGAAGAGUGUCUGGACCCAGAGCUCACCUGCUUCCUGCCACACAAGUUCUUGAUCCAGAGCCUGCUGUUUGCUCGGCGGAUGGACGACUCGCCCACUGUUCAAGGCCACGCCCUCGCCUGCCUGGCCCAGUGUCUGGAGCUGCCUUCUUUCAACGUCACGCGGGCUGUCCACAACCUCUUCUCUGCUACUGGAACCCAGACAGUACUGGAAGGUGAAAUUACAGAAGGAGGUUCCCAGAACAGUCAGAAAACCUACCGCACUCUGCCGUUCAGGACUGUGGAGAUGAGCACCACUGACGUCUCCGACUGUGACGCAAAAGAGAACCUGGCUCUUCUCCUGAAGCGUGUAAAAGAUUUGAAGACUAACGUGAGAAAAUCAGCAUUGCAGGCCCUUGUGGGUCUCCUGAAACACAACGUAAUCCCCAUGAGCUGGGAGAACCUGGCUAUACUGUCAGAGCGGUGCAGAGACCCAGCUGUUUCUGUGAAGAAGAAGGCCCUGCAGUGUAUAGGAGAGCUGCUGACUGCUAAACCAGAGUGCAGUGUGGUGCAGAAGGCAUGGCUUCAGGGCGUGGUGCCAGCUGUGGUAGACUCUGAAAACUCUGUGCAGGACAAGGCCCUGGAGGCUCUGGACCAAGUUCUGCUAAGCCAGGUCAAACCGUACUCUGCCAGUCGCCACCUGGAUGCCAGUCAGAGGCUGACCUGGGACCUGCUAGCCCUGCUCUGUCAUGACUGCCAGAACCUCAGCCGGUAUUUCAGCAGGGCCUUCACCAUCUGGUCCAAAGAGAACAAGUUCACACAGACUUUCAUCACUAACCUGAUCUCACACACUGACGCCGAUCACGCCGCCGGGGCCUGGUUGCUGCUCUCCAAGGUUGUUGCUUCGUCCCCCAGACUGCCCUAUGGGAAGAUCCUGGAUGCCUGGGACAGCAUGGUCAGUUCAAAGGAUGUAAAUGUGACAACCUGCUGUCAUAUCCUGUGUGUGAUGGGAGACAUCGCCAAACAUUUGAACAAAGAUACCAAGAGCAGAAUAGUUAAUGAUCUGAUGUCUUGGUUGAAGACUUUUACUUUGUCUCUGGAGGUGAUCUGUGCUGCUCUAGUGACUCUUUAUCAAUAUGGCCGCAGUGAAAACAUCAAAGAGACUCAGGCUUUCCUGAACCACCACUGUGGUGAGCUGGUGUCGGUCUGCGAGGCCUAUUUAGCUGGCAUCAUCCUGAGUGAAAACGGAGCCCAGAACUUCAAUGAGGAGCUGAUGGUAAAACACCUCCACACUCUGGGUGUGGCGUCACUUCACUGUCCUGCCAAGGUUGGCAAGAGGACGGUGCUGCUGGUGGAAUCUGUCCUCACAACACAUUCUGACAAACUGGCAGAGUGCGGGGAUGAGCUGCCAGCAUCACUGCCUCUGUCCCAGUUCAAAGCUAACUCUCUACCAACCAGAGUCCGAGCUCACGGAGUCAUUGCUUUAGGUAAACUGUGUCUGCAGCAUGAGGAUCUCGUCCAAAAGUACCUGCCGGUGUUUGCCAGAGAACUUGAGGUUGGGACAGAGGUUGCCGUGCGCAACAAUGUGGUUGUGAUCAUGUGUGACCUGUGUGUUCGAUACACCAACAUCGUGGAUCAUUAUAUCCCCAACAUCUCUGGUUGUCUGCGGGACAAUGAGGCUGUCAUCAGGGAGCAGACCCUCAUCAUGCUGACCAACCUGCUCCAGGAGGAAUUCGUCAAAUGGAAGGGCUCCCUCUUCUUUCGCUUCAUGGUGGCGCUGGUUGACCCAGUCCCUGCCAUCGCCAGUCUGUGUGAAUACUGCCUGGUCCACCUGCUGCUGAAGAAGAACUCCGAAAUGUUCAGCCAGCACUUCAUCGAGUGCAUCUUUCACUUCAACUCCUACAACAAACACAAGUCCUACAACAAGUUCCCUCAAAGUGAGAGUAGGAAGCUAGAAAAGGCUCAAUUUUCGCUGAAAGGAGCUCAGCACCGCGAGAAGCGGUUUCGGAUCUACCGCUUUCUUUUGGAGCACUUCACGGACACCCAGCGCUUCAACGUCACUAUCAAGAUCAACCAGACCGUUUUAG